CAGUUGGCAACCUUUACAUAGCUAAUGUUGGUAAACAAUAAAUCGCGCGGGCUGAGCCACUGACUUUUUGUUCAGCUCACAAAACGUUCAAAUAUACGCACGGGUGGCAGCAGAAUGACAACAGUUCACGCAAAGCAAACGUAGAAUGGGUGUUGUAAGCAUUCACCAGUUCCCCAUCCCUGAAGGCAAGACGGGCCAACAGGCCGCUGAGCUGCUACAGAAACGGUUGGAAACUCUAGGAGCUGUCCGUGAAGGGACGUUUUGUGUCGACUGUGAGACCUACUUCAGUUGUCCAAACAUCAUUCCAGCACGCUGCAUAAACAUCAUCCAUGACACAGAGCACCCAGCAACAUGUUUUUCCCUUCUGGACACGGGGCUGUGUUUGGUGGCUGACUUGACGUUCGACAUGCUCAUGAUGAAGUUAUCCGGCAUUUACACUGCAAAGAAAUCUACAAAGAUUGAAUCUAAGGGACCCCGCUACGAAGUUGCAGAUUUCCUGGUCAAAGUGGGCAGCGUCUCCCUUGGCCCUAGCUUUCGAGGAAUUCUCGUCGAGGUAGAGUAUCUGCCAUGUGUGGUGCCCUCAAGUUGCUGGGACCUGAUGCGGGAAUUUAUGCAAGGCUUCAUGGGCAAUGCGGUGCAGGGUCCUCCCCAGUACCUGCAGGGGCGUAUGAAUGAACUUUAUAGCCCUGUGGACACAGUACAGCAGUAUAUGGAUCACUUCAAUGCUUUCCGACGGGCCUCCACAGCAGCGACUUCAGCACCUGCCAACUUGCCUUAAUUACUUACGGAGGUGCAAAAUCUUGCGGAAUGUACCUGCGGUAACUAAGGUGUAUCAACUGGCCAAGCUGGUGAAGGUAGUUCUGCCAAGUAUUUCAGUAAAAAUGUUGAACAGUA